AUGGCAGCGCGCAGGCCUCCAGUCAAGAGCCGCGAGUUUGAUUAUUCAAAUGUCGGGAAAGCUGGAAGACGAACCGGUAUUACUCUAAAAGAGGGUAAACGCGACGAACAUGGCAUGGAAGAAAUUGAGGGGAUGUUCUCCUCCCCUGGGAAAUCACCGGUGAAGGCGAAUGGGUUUGCCAAUGAUGGGAUAAUGAACUCCGAAGAAAUGGAGACAGGAGGAAACGAGGCAGAGGACAACCAAUUUGCCGAAGCGCCCGGCGAUUACCAUGAAGGCGCCGGCAAUGAGAACGUAGACGAAGAGGUCUCUGAAGUAGAAGAGGAACAGCCAGAGGAUUCACCGCCGCCCGUACCGAACCCCCAGAAUAAGGGCAAAAAACGCAAAGAAGCCGACAAGGUAGCAGAGGAAGAAAGAGACGAGGAUAGCGCCAACAUAAAUCCUCCUGUUAAGCGACGUGGCAGGAAACCGAAAAACAGACAGGAAGAGGGAAGCCCUGAAACUAAUCGCGGAGACGAGAACCCACGGCCUGCGAAAAAGGCCAAAAAGGCUGCUAAGGCUAGCAAUCUCCAAAUGACGGCUGAACAGGAGAAGGACCUGAACAACGUCGUGGAAAAUAUUACCAAGGAAGAUGGGCCACUUAAUAAGAAACGAAGUUUAUAUAUCCUAAGACGAGAGACGCCAUCAGACGACACCGUCCGUCACACUCGCUCUGGCAGAGUAUCUGUGCGCCCAUUGGCCUAUUGGCGUAAUGAGAAAUGUGUUUAUGGAACUGGAGAGGCCGAAGUCGGUCAUAGAUUUCCUCUGUCAACAAUCAAGGAGAUUAUUCGGACCGAAGAUCCUGAGCUUGAUCAAGCAGGCAGGAAACGAAGUUCGAAAAAGAAAUCAAAGGGCAAGAAGAAAGAUAGAGGAGAUGCAUCAGAUGAUGAACCAGAUGAAAAUGUUGAGCCUUGGGAGACCCAGGAGGGCGUGUUUUAUGGUCCGGUAAAGAUAUGGGACCCAGAAAAGCAAACUGGUACCCAGGAGGAAGAGAUGAUGGAUGUCGCAUAUGCUCCUUCGGCAAUCGAAACACAUGAGGUCAAAGACUCUACGUUUCGGUUUGCCAAAAUCCUCAGCACGCCCUUUCUUGGAUCUGGUUUCGUGGAAAUGCCUCCAAACGCAGUCAAGAAACAGAAAAAUUCAAAACGAAUGCACAUGGUUUUCUUCGUUUACUAUGGCAGAAUACGAGUUGAUAUCGCAGGACUGCAGUUUAGUGCCGGAAAGGGUUGCGUCUUUCAGGUUCCACGGGGAAACAACUACAGCUUUGCAAACGAGUACAAUAAGCCUGCUGCCAUAUUUUUCACGCAAGGCUGUAUACCUUUAGAUGCAGAUGGAAAUGUUGACACAGGCGUAACGGCUCCACCCUUACCAGAGGCACCGCCGACUGAACCUAAGGCCAACGCUGCUAGCAAGACGGGCAAAAAGAGAGGUCGUCCCAAGCAGGGGGCUCAAGCAGGAUGA